AUGGAUCGGCUUGACCGGAGUGAUACCAUGGCCUCACAGAAAACCGGCGUGAAACAACCAAAGCGUUGUAAUUCGCCGUGAGCUCUACCAACACAUGAUCAGGGAUCAAUGAUUCACUCAAGCCCCACAACUACAAGUACAGUCAGUGCAAAAAAACUUCGCCACAAAAAAACGAAACUGCAGGAAGCGAGCCAAGCUUCGGCACGGUCGGCUCGACCGGAGUCAUACCACGGCCUCACAGAGUACCGGCGUGAAACAACCCACGGCGUUGUGUUUCGCCGUGUGAGUGAGGUUACCGGAGGCUCAAUCCCUCCCCCUCCCCUAUCCCUUCCCGAUCCUUAUAUCCUCAACCCCUAUCCCCAAAAGGCCGGCAACGCACUCGUAACUCCUUUGGUGUUGCGGGUGUCCAUGGGCGGCGCCGAUUGCUUACCAUCAAGUAAUCCAACUAUCGUCUCUCACCAUCGCAGCCCCUUCAAGUCAAUACCUCGAUUCUCAAAGGAUACCAAGUUUAGCAACUCCGGCCCGAGCGUACGGCGCGUAGCGUUCCGCGCGCGCCUCAAAGAGCCAAUAGACCACCACAGACGGGGCCCUAAAGGGCUGAUGUUCAGCCGGGGUUGCGGGGUAAGCGCAAUAAGGUACCGCGACCUCGGCACAGAGCAGGAGAAGGAACAGGGGGGAGACAGACUACCUGAGAAGGGAGUAGGGGGCAGGAAGAUGGUGGAUGAAGACCGCUUUCAACAGCAGAUGUAA